UAUUGAGUGGCUGCUGGUGGGAGGGGGAAUCUGAAAACAGGGGUCCUGUCCCAUCACGAGGACAGCCUCACCUCCAAGCCCCCUCUUUGGCCAAUAGGGAGCACGAAUGGAUCAAAUGUCACUAUAACAGAAAGACAUAAUCAGCGAGGUACGUUUGCAGAACCUUACAGCCUGUCUCGGCCAGCAGGGAGCUCACUUCGUUCAGCUUUUCUGAGGUUUCAAAGUCCACUUCCACCAUGUCUGACACAGAAGAAGUUGAGCAGGUUGAGGAGGAGAAGCCAAAAUUCAAGCCCACUGCUCCGAAGAUCCCAGAUGGUGAGAAAGUGGACUUUGAUGACAUCCAGAAGAAACGUCAGAACAAGGAUCUGAUGGAGCUGCAGGGUCUGAUUGACGCUCAUUUUGAGUGCAGGAAAAAGGAGGAAGAGGAGCUGAUCGCACUCAAAGAGAGAAUUGAGAAGCGUCGUGCCGAGAGAGCUGAUCAGCAGAGGGUUCGUGCUGAGAAAGAGAAGGAGCGUCAGGCCAGACGUGAGGAAGAGAGGCGAAUGAAGGAGGAGGCUGAUGCCAAGAAGAAAUCUGAUGAGGAGGCCAAAAAGAAGUCAGCUCUGUCCAGCAUGGGCUCCAACUACAGCAGCCACCUGCAGAGGGCUGACCAGAAGAGAGGAGGGAAGAAAGAAACUGAGAGAGAGAAGAAGAAGAAGAUCCUGGCUGCCAGACGCAAGCCCCUCAACAUCGACCAUCUGAGUGAAGACAAGCUGAAGGAUAAGAUCAAUGAGCUUAAUGAGUGGAUGCGUCAGCUGGAGUCCGAGAAGUUUGACCACAUGGAGAAGCUGAAGCUCCAGAAGUAUGAGGUCACAAGACUGCGCAGGAGAGUGGAGGAGCUCAGUAAAUUCAGUAAGAAGGGAGCUGCCGCCCGCCGCAGAAAGUAGACACUCAGUCCGCUACAGCUCACAAACCAAACGAAUCGUCAGGAACACAUGUCAAUCAAACUGCACGGGUAGGGGCUGCACCUGUGUCGACACCGUGCAUUUACCCAGCCCCAUCCUGAUCCAUGCAACGCAGAGUCUUUAGCUGCUGUUCAGUAAGAAGAAAAACGACUGAACACAUUUGCCAUCUUGCUUCUUGCUCGCCUUCAACUGUUUGGUUCUCAGUAUUUUUGUAAAUAAAGUGUGACUCUUCAAGCCA